AUUUUAGGAUCUUCAACACGAGGCGUGGUAUCAUGGCGCUCUUCCUCUAGAAGACAUAAGUGCUCUCCUUACGUCAACUGGAGAAUUCCUAAUACGAGAGCUGGAACCCGACGACUUACGAGAUGGAACUCAUAGGGCGAGAACGGUAAUAUUUGAAAUGAAAAACUUUAUAUCGAUCGAGGCAAGAAUUUCUAGGAAACAUUAUGAAGAAAAAAUAGCCAUACAAGAUGAUACACUACUGCUGAAACCUAUACCAAAGCAACCUUGGGAACUCUCCAAGGACAAGAUCGCGCUGAUUAGGAAGCUUGGAGAGGGCGCGUUCGGAGAAGUGUGGCAAGGAACCCUGCGCCAGUCGGCGACGCGGACCGUGUUGGCUGCUAUAAAAGUGACGAAGCUAAAAGAAGACAACAAACGAUAUAUGCAAGAGUUGUUCAAAGAAGCAAGACUAAUGCGACAGUACCAACAUAUCAACGUCGUCGGUUUCUUUGGAAUAAUAAUCGAGAACGACAACGUAAUGAUAGUGAUGGAGAUGGUGAAUGGAGGAGGACUUGAUCACUACCUAAAGAAGAAUACUGUAUCACUUCCACAUUCACAAAAACUCCUGAUUUUCGAUGAUUACGUCAUCCGACUACGGCAAAUUUUCGUAGCGGAUUUGGCGUGCAGAAAUUGCCUCAUUGAUACGGAGAAGAAUAUAGUGAAGAUUUCGGAUUUUGGACUAUCGAAGCAAGCCGACGUGUACAAGAUUCAGCCAAAUGACAAAGUCCCUACGAAAUGGCAAGCACCAGAAGUGAUGACUAAACACAUCUAUACUCGUGAGUGUGAUGUGUACUCCUAUGGAAUUGUAAUUUGGGAAAUAUUCAACAAUGCCAAAACACCGUUCGAGGAAUACGACAAUAAGACUGUCCGACAACGGGUUAGUGGCCAAAACUUUGUGCUCCGAAUGGCGUACUCAUACCAAUACGCUUAG